UUAUAAUAAAAAUAACGGACUAGAAGAUCCAACGACGGACGUAAUAAAAGUUUUAUUUGGAACGGAAAGAAGGAAUAUGGAUUAUUGGCUUUAACUAUAAUAAUGAACUAUUCGUAAAGUUAAUCUUAGUAAAACGGAGUUUAAUAAGGUGAAGAAAUGAGUGAGGAUAUAAAGUUUAUUGUCACGGAGUUAAAUAAAUUAUUCGGAAGGAAUUACAACUUAAUCUCAUUCGAUGCUCUGAACUCGGAGGAUCUGUUGCAAAUCCUGAGCGAUGUGUUAUCAGAGAUUGAACAACCAGGCGGAUCCAGGAUUGAUGUAAGAACUGAAACUCCUGAGCAAAGUUCAGUCCGUAUUUUUUCAGCUUUACGGAUAUUAAAAUACCAGCCCAAUUCCGAUCCAGUAAUAUUCAGGCAAGGUCUCGUAAGAGGAGAUGCAGAACCAAUUUAUGCCGUUCUUAAAUGGCUUCUAUCAAAUAUGCAACUGGCUCGCCAAAGAGCCUAUCUGGCACGUUUCCUAGUGAAGGUGGAAAUACCACUAGAGCAUCUUGGUGAUUCAGAAAUGGCUGCCUUGUAUGAACAGUACUCUAGGCUUGUAGAGGAAUUCAAGAUGGUUCAUAAAGAAAGAGAAGCUGGGAAAAAGGGCGGAGAAGCAGCUGCUGAAUUAAAAGCAGAUUUGGAAGCAAUGGAAAAAGAGCGCGAAGUAGUAUUAGGUCGAGUAGAAAAAAUGAAAUUAAGAGCCGAACCAGCGCUUCAUCUGCUUGAAGCAGCACGAAAAUUGCGUGUCGAAAGAGACAAGGAACGAGAACUAAUUGUACAGAAAGAACAGCAGCAAGAUACUAUGGUGAAGCUGCAGGUAUCACUCCAGAGAGCAGAGCGCGAAUUACAGACAUUAAAACAAAUGGGAGCUGGACUAACGUCUCAGGCUUUAAUUCAACGCUUAUCCGAAGAGGUCAUGGUGCAAAGUGCUGUUACCAAAGAAAGACUUCCAUCCGAAUUAGCUGCUAAAAAGGCUCACGUUAAAGCACUAACUACGGUAGUGAAAUCAGCACAUUUAGGACCAGAUGAAAUUGUUGCCUUGAGAAACAGACUGGACAUUGCUGCUCGAGAAGUACAGGCAUUGGCUGAGAAUAAGGCUGUAGCAGGCGUUGCGGAUAAAAUGGCACCGUUUAGACAGCAAGCUGCAGCAAUUGCUGGAAUGAAACGAAAUGCAUUGGAUAAGCUAGAACGAGCUGAGGCUGCAAUGACGGACUUAAAAGUCAAAUUGGAAGAGAAAAGAGAAGAAGCAAGACGUUUGGCUGAAGAACCAGCACCUAGAGGAGAUGAACUCAAACGAUAUGUUGCUCGUCUUAAAACUAAAAGUGCUUUGUACAAACGUCGUAGAGCUGAAUUAGCAGGACUCAGAGCUGAGAAUGGAGUGCUUAAUCGAACACUUCUUAUUUUGGAAGCGCAGUUAGCAAAAUUAAAACCAACCGAUGAUGCAAUGCCUGUUAGAUCAGCUACGGUCCUGCCAGACGAUUGUACAGUAGAAAAUGCUGCUACGAUCAAUGCACAACUAUCGAGAAAUAUUUCUGCAUUCAGGGCUCAACUUGCACCUUUGUUAAAUGAGCUUAGACCAUUAAGACAAAAGUUUCAAGAACUAGAAGAGCGUUACAUAGCUGCUUACAGGAGUUACAGUUCUAUUGAAACCAGUAUGGAGAGUUCAAUGAAUAAUUUAUUGAACGAAGUAAAUCUUCUUAGAGAAAAUGUCAAAAAGGAUACCGAUGAAAUAGAAAGAUUACGUCAAGAGAUAGCUACACUAAAACUAGCCCAAGACAGAAUUCAAGAAGAGAUCAGAGUGAGGAAUAUUUUUUUCUAUACUCAUUAUGCAAGCCCUGGAGGAGGUCCAACAUUAAGAGAUGAACUAAACGAGAUGAUACAGGUGGAAGAAAAGAAGUCAAAACUCUUGAAGGAUGAUGAAAAAAGUUUAAAGGAACGCGCUAUAGAGAGCGAGAAUCAAACUCAACAGUGGAAUAAUUUGAUAGCGAUCUUUGAAUGUAAAUUGCAAUGCGCCGAAGACAGUAAGAAAAGAGAUGGUGUUAUUGUCCGCGGUCAAGGAGCAGAAACACUCAUAUUACAGUAAGAAAUCAAAAAUAAUAUACGCUUUAAUAAUCCAUAGUAAUAUACUAAUACUUAUUUGUAACUCACAGCAAUAUUUUCCUCAAUAUUAUUUAAGAUACAAAAAUAUAAACUAUUGAGAAAUCUUA